GAUACCCCCGGUCGCACUCCGCUCGUUCUGUCUCCGCCGCGGCCGCCAGCGCUCCUGUGGACAUGCCUUACAUUGAGCUGGACACGAACCUGCCCGCCGAUCGCAUCCCCGCGGGGCUGGAGAAACGUCUCUGCGUGGCCGCUGCCGCCACCCUGGGCAAACCUGCGGACCGCACGAACGUGACGGUGCGUCCGGGCCUGUCCAUGGCGCUGGGCGGCUCCACGGAGCCCUGCGCGCAGGUGGUCGUCUCCUCGAUUGGAGUGGUGGGCACCGCGGAGCAGAACCGAGGCCACAGCGCUCGCCUCUUCGAGUUCCUCACCAAGGAGCUGGCCCUGGGCCAGGACCGGAUCCUUAUCCGCUUUUUACCCCUGGAGCCCUGGCAGAUUGGCAAGGAUGGGACAGUCGUGACUUUUUUGUGAUUGGCAUCUGUGAGCUGAUUGCCCCUUGCAGAAAGACUUCCUGGCAGAGCGAUGGCCUAAUGGAUACCAGCUUUGGACAAUCCUUCAUGCAGACACGUCUGUGACCUCACAGUCCUCUUUUUCCCCAUCCUCAUGCUAAAUAAAUGAAGAGAGCUUCAUGGUUCA